AUGAGUGGCGCUGGCAAGGCCAGCGCGCUCUUGUGCGCCUUUGUGCUCUUGCCCUUCGCGGCGGCCCGCACCAUGAUCGAGCUGACCACGGUGGACGGUGGCCCAGUCAGCAUGAUUCCAGAGACUGUUCAGUACAACUGGUCGGACACCUCGCCCAGCGGCAUCCUGAGGGGGAGUCCCGACCUCCCCGCCUCCGACCCCCGCCUGCAGCCUGCCCUGCAGGGGUACCCGGAACAAGUCAGUGUCACCUACUAUGGACCCACCUCUGUUCGUUUCGGCUGGGUUACAGGCCAAUCCCAGACCGGCUACGGAUUCCUGGAGGGGUAUCCUGACAGCAGCACGAGCAAUGUGCAGCUGGGACUUGCGCCCAGCGCAUACACUGUCGUCCUGGGAGGAACCUCAACCCGCUACGACUACAUCCACUAUGGCUUCAAGGGGGCUAUGAACUAUACAAGCCCCAAGCUGCACUCGGUAGUCGCCGAGGACCUCCGCCCCAACACCACCUACUUCUAUCGUGUGGGAGAUCUGAAGACCCAGUACUGGAGCAAGGAGUUCAGCUUCACCACCCCUCCUGCCGGCCCAAGCUACCCCCUGCGCAUGGGCCUCAUUGGGGAUGUGGGCCAGACCUACAACUCUUCCGACACCUUCCACCACCUCGCAGCCAGCAAGCCCCAGGUGGCCCUGAUCAUGGGCGAUCUGACCUAUGCCGACAACUACGAGUCCAAUGGGACGCUGUACCCCUCGAACUUCAAUAUCUCAUACCCUGGAGAAAACGCCCGUUACCCGCCCAACCAUGAGGCCAGCGGCAGCGACGACAAACUCUGGUAUUCUGUGAAUGUCGGCCCUGCCCACAUUGCCUUCAUCACUUCCUAUGCUGACUACGACCGGGAAUCCCCUCAAUACCAAUGGCUGGCUGCUGAUCUGGCAAGCGUCAACAGGACGGAGACGCCCUGGCUCAUCGUGACUUUCCAUGCCCCCUGGUACACGUCCUACUCAGCCCACUGGCAGGAGGCCAACUGCCAGAGGCUGGCGAUGGAGCCGCUGCUCUACGAGAAUGGCGUCGACCUCGUGUUCAACGGUCACGUGCAUGCCUACGAGCGCACCUUCCCCGUCUACAACAACACCCUGGACGAGUGUGGCCCCGUGCAUCUCACCCUGGGGGACGGCGGCAACAUCGAAGACCUCGCAGCAACCUUUGUCGACUACCCGGGCUACUGCCCCUCCGUGCCCCAGCGCGGACCCACCUACCAGCCUGACGUCUGCAACCAGCUGCUCUACGACGGCGAGUAUUGCCCCACCUCCCAGCCUGAGUGGUCCGCCUUCAGGGAGCCGUCCUUUGGGCACUCCAUGCUCGAGUUCCUGGAUGACACGCACGCCCGCUUUGCCUGGUACCGCAACCAGGACGCCGAUACAUCCGUUGCUGAUGAGGUCAUCCUGGUCCGCAACCCAGAGAACUGCGGAAUCCCGGUCGAGGGCCUCAACAACAAGGCCGACUGA